UGAAGACAGUGACCUUCUCGCAUAGGGCGUCUGUCGCACGUUGUCGUCUCAACAGAUGCCGCAUCAUGAAACCUUCCCUAAUAAUCAAUCAGCCAUAGAUCAUUUUCCGAAUAUGCGUACUAGCCUCCACGUUGGCCUCCACCAGAUCCAUUGCCGUACAUCAUGGCCGUUCCACGUGUUGUUCCCCGAGUUAUGAGCAACGUGACGGGCGAAGCUGCCUCUGAUGGACGGCUGCUGGAAGUCGUCCUUCCGCCUGUGACAAGUUCGACGCUCGUGCCCAAGACGGGCUCAGCGACACAGCCUGAACAGAAACGGCAGAAGAGAUAUGCACCCAAGGUUCGAACAGGCUGUCUCACGUGCAAGAAGCGACGCGUCAAGUGCGACGAGACAAAGCCCAAGUGUCUGAAAUGCCUCAAUUCCGACUACCAGUGCGAUGGCUACGCCGUGCCCAAGGCCUGGAUCUUUGAGCCGUCAGCAUCGAAACGCCAGAACGUCAAGGAAGAACGCAGGAAUUCUGGGAACAAUGCUGAGGAUGCUGACGUGCUGGAGCUCCGCCCUUCUCCCUCGACGCAGACCUUCACUCCCGACGAAGCAAGAUCGAUGCAAUUCUAUCUGCGACGCUCCGGACGAAUGGUUGCGAAAUACGAUCAUUCGCGGUAUGCUUUCUGGAUGGAAAUGCUUCCUCGAGCCGCACAUAGAUUGGAGCCGGUCAAGCACGUUCUUGUUGCCACCGCCCUGCAAGAUGAACUCCUAACGUGCCCAACCACGAUCCCGAGAAUCGAGCGCCGAAUCAUGUAUCACUACCAACAAGCACUGUCCAAGACGGUGCACACGCGACCAACAAUCGACCACAUUCUACUGAACUGCUUGGGCAUGUUCUAUUUCGACAGCCUGCGCGACAACACCGAGCUCAUCGUCCUGCACAUUCAAUCCGCUCGAAAAAUAAUCGACGAAUGGAGAAGCAAAGACGAGAAAGCCCCUCCUGAGGUUCUCGACAUUAUCGAGGCCGUUGACGGCAUUGUCACAGAGGCUUUAAGUUACUGCCAGAUCGCGCCGGACCCAUCCUCGAUCGCGGAUCUCGAAUGGGAUAAAGCUCCCACCGCAGACCCCUACGACUCCGUUGACGACGCAGAACACGCGCUUAUCGCGUGCUUGGGCAAUCUUUGUCGAUCAGCAGGCCAAGUCCCACUUGCGCUGGUGCGAGCAAACGCUUUCCUUCGCUCUUGGGUAGCUGAUGGUCGAAGUGCCAUAAAGAAGGCGGAUGUUGACACAACUCUGAACUUGGCCUCUUUGUUUCAGAUCGCAAAGGACACAAUAAAUCUGCUCGAUGAAGCCUCGCAGUCCCCCCAAGAGGAGCGUUGGUUCCAGCUAUACAAUAGCUUGCAAGACCUGCCCAAGCUACGUUCCGUGAAGUACCGGAAACCAGUGAUUGCGCUCAUGAGCCUGCUCCAGCAGAAGAGUCAGACAAAAGAGCAAGCGACCGCCACAAAAGCGCUAUACAAGCAUCUUCAACGAGGCAUUUUGUAUGAUGAAUGAGCGUGGAUGAUGGGCAGGUCGAACAACAAGAAAGCGAAAGACGCAGGACAACAGUGGACGGACGAAGUGGUCAUUUAUUAGUCUGAGUGGGGCCGUCGAAUUUAUGCGUGGACAAAGGCGCUAGGCGAGAUCCAUAUGGGCAUCAAAGAGGUCGGCGACCACUUUCGAACUCUUGCCGUUCCGCGACAAGCAUGUCGCAGAGAUUGCGAAAUCAUUGUCAACUUACCUGGUUUGUGGGGCAUGUCUCGACAAGGCUGAUUGACACGCGCUAAAGAGCGAUUCCGCCGCGGCGAUUGGCUCAACGGUUCGCUUCGCUCCGAAGCCGUGCUGACCCUCCAGUAUGCGAGGUGCACAACGAGACAUGGAAGUCCCGAGAUGGCGGGGCGGAUAGCUGCGAGACUUUCCGCAUACCUGCGAGAGGCAGACUGUAACCUAGCAUGAGGAAGCUGUACGUCUG